CCUGGGGUCUCUGGCCGCGGGGGGCAGGACUUGGGUCCCAGGCAGUCUGGGGGCCCCUCGCUCACUAAACGUCUCUGGCCCUUUUCCAGGGUUAACUGCUCUUUUUACUUUAAGAUCGGGGCUUGUCGCCAUGGAGACAGGUGUUCCCGCCUCCACAACAGACCCACCUUCAGCCAGACCAUCGUGCUGCUGAAUCUGUACCGGAACCCCCAGAACACAGCCCAGUCGGCAGAUGGCUCGCACUGCCACGUCAGUGAUGUGGAAGUGCAGGAGCAUUAUGACAAUUUCUUUGAGGAGGUCUUCACGGAGCUGGAGGAGAAGUACGGAGAGAUCGAGGAGAUGAACAUUUGUGACAACCUCGGGGACCACCUGGUUGGCAAUGUCUAUGUCAAGUUCCGACGGGAGGAGGAUGCCGAGCGAGCCGUGGGGGAGCUGAACAAUCGCUGGUUCAAUGGCCAGGCUGUGCGGGCCGAGCUGUCCCCAGUCACCGACUUCCGCGAGUCCUGCUGCCGCCAGUACGAGAUGGGGGCCCCGUCCCCCGCACGCUCCCACGACCGGCCCCGUGGCAGGAAACGACAGUGCUCACCCGACCAUCGCUAUGGCCGAUUCUGACCCCUCCCUGGGCUCCCUGGCUCAGCCUCCCGACCUUCUACUGACCUGGCGAGGGUGCGACGGUUGGAGCCCCCAGACAAGGCCCCCCUCUCUUUACAUUCUGCUAGUCUAACCCUGCAGAGCCCGAGACUAUAUGGGGGAAGGGCGGAGGGGACUCUCCCCAGCUGUGGGGUUGGCAGGACCCAGGCAUCGGGGGACCGCUGGUCUGAAUUUGGCCCCCGCCCCCGUGCGAGCUGGAAUGAUCAGAGCUGGAAUAAACUAGCCAUGGCCCC